AAAGUGCGGCAGUUUCAAGUGCUUGCGUUGCAUGAGUAAGAAAGUAUUUUCUUUAAUCUGUACCUAGGGUCACUUCUAAAACAACUCAAUGGAAGCCGACCCAGCAAUAGUUUUGGAAUGGUUGGACUCCGUAAACGACGAACUUAGGGAGUUACAACUUACUGCAUUGGAACAACUGUGCAACGAAGUUCUUUUCUCGGACAAUGUUGAUGUUUUCUUUGAGCGCUAUCCACCUCGCCUCUUCAUACCCGCCUUAUGCAAAAUAUUUUUGGAUGAAUUAGCCCCGGACUCUGUUUUGGAGGCAAAUGCUCGGGCCCUCACUUACUAUUUGGAUGUUAGUUUGGACUGUGCCCCACGGAUUGCACGGUCGCCAAAUGUGUUGACGGCCAUGACUUCUAGAUUAGAUGCAGUUGAUAUGACAUCUGCGAAAAGUAAUGAGCUUGGGCAGCAGAUUAUUAAGAUGUUGCAGCUUAUUUGUACACGAGAGCCUGGUGCCGUGUAUACGGCCGGAGGACUGACUUCCGUCUUACGUUAUAUACGUCUUUACCCACAUCUGCUUCAUGCUGAUGUUCUGCAGGCUGGGAUGGAUAUUAUUAGGCGUUUGUUUAGCAGAGCAGACCCAUCAGACAAGAAUCUAACCAGUUGGAUUGAUGCAUUGAGUUCACUCUUAGAUCGUCGAGAAACAGGUGUUGCUGACCAAGCAUUACGUGCAUUUGCUAAUUUGGUAUCUCGAUUUACUCGAACGGGUGCUGAUCCAAGUCCACUUGCUGAUUCUCAUAUUAUUGAUUGUCUUCUUCAACGUCUUCGUGUUGCUGGUGGUGUGGAAACUGAUAAUGAACUGACAUAUUCAUCCGGCCCCAAUUUGCCAACAGACACAUCAGGGAGUGGUCGUGAUGGUCUUUCUUCAGUCACAACUGAAAGUAAUCCAGCUGCAGUUCACGCAGUCACUAAUAUCCUAACUUCACUUUGUUGUAAUUCUGUGAGUAUAACACAUAAACUUCUAACUAGUGAUGGUCAGUUUGCUAUGACAUUGGCAAUGGUUGUUCAACGUAGCACGGAUGAAUUAGUUGUUCUUAGUGUACUUCGAUUGAUUGAAGUUCUAUUGGUACUACUACAUCAAACUCAAAAUGUUCAGUUGAAAUCACGUGAAUCACCACAAACAAAAGAACAAGUCUGUAAAACUACUUUACCAGAAUCUGCCAACGAUGAUACUUCAAAACAAAAUCAAAUGCAAGGUCAGUUGUUUAAAUCAAAUGAAUUUCAAACGUCUAUAUCAAUUAUUGAACAUGCGGAAAAUUCACAGAAUACUUCACAAUCUGAACAUACUAUUGAAACUCCUUUGGAGUCCCAGCAUUCUUGGGAAGGCGAUGCUGUACACCGUCAUUUUAUUGAGGCUAUAAAACGACAGGAUUUGGAUUUUAUGAAACGCAGUUUAAAGUCGGGCAAAAUCGAUGUCAAUUACAUGGAUCAUUUAGGACAAACUUUGCUAAAUUGGGCCGCAUCGUUCGGUUCUCCGGCUAUGGUUGAACUUUUAUGUACACAUGGUGCAAAUGUGAAUUUAGGUGUUCGUACACCAUUAGAUUAUGCAGCUUCAUUUGGGCGUGUUGAAAUAUGCAAAACUUUACUUAAUUGGGGCGCUGAUAUUAAUAAACAAGAUGUACAAGGUAGAAAACCCAUAGACAGGGCUCGGGAACAUCCUGAUUUUCCUGGUUCACAACAAGUAAUCGAUUUAUUGGAAUCCGAGUCAAAAAGAGCCGGUUUCAGGGGUUUAUCAUCCAAGUUAGAUAAAUCUGAUAAACAACUAACACCUGGUUCAUCAUCCACACCGUCAUCAUACGUAUCAUUUGCUCAACAUAAACCUUAUAUGAUUCAAUCGAAUGAUCCUGGCGAAGCUCAACGUUUAUUUGUUGAUCAACUUCUUCCAUUGCUAGUUGGGUUGUUUAAGGAAAGCACAUCUUCUGUAAGACAUCAGUGUACACUUUUAGUUUGGCGUAUGAUUCAGUAUAUGCAACCUGAUCAUUUAGAAACAAUUAGUUUGAUGGAUAAUCAAUCAGUUCCAUUCGCAUUUUCAUUAACACAAAUGAUUUAUACUGUAUUAAUCGAAGAACGAGAAGAAUUAAUUUCACGUGCAUUAGAAUUAAGUCUCCGUUUAUUGAAUAAAACGCCACAUAUUUACGUUUUGGUAUUCUAUCGCUUGGGCUUAAUUCCAUUGAUACAAAUUAUCAUUGAUAUAUUACAUCACUUGUUAAUAAUGGAAAAUAAAUCUGGCGUCACCGUGACCACCAUCACUACAUCUACUACUAAUACUGGACAGCAGUUUUCCGUAUCAUCAUCAGACGAAAAUGAGGGAAAAGAUUUAUGCACAGCUUCUGUGACAAAGAAAACCACUGAUGCAACAAGUACCACCACCGUAAUAACUUCCGCCACUCCUAGUACUGUUCCAGCAUCAAUAACACCAACUAUUUCUCCCUCGACCACCACCACUACUACCAGAAGUACAAAAACAAAGGAAAUAAUAGAAGAAUUAUCACAAAAGAAUACGUUAGUAAUUGACAAAAAAAGUAAAUCGGAAUCAGUCAAAAAUGUUGAAAAACAAAAAGUUCGUGAUCAGUUGAAUGUCAAUUUGAAUGAAAGCAAGAAUUACAUGCCUGAAAUUUUGUCUACGCCAACAAAUGAAAAUGAAGAACAACAACACCAAUCGGUGUUACAGUCUACUUCUACGUCUGAACGUGUCCACUUAGAUGCACAACUUUACAAUUGGAAUGGAUGGUAUUUCUUCUGUAUGGGUCAAUUAUUAUCAAUUUUCAAUGGUUUCGCUUUUAUUACAAUACAAUUACAACCAGAAGAUGGCGGUCUGCGUGUACUGUGUAUUCAUAAUUCUGCACAUAGAAACAAUCCAGUACCAAUUCAGUUACAUCCCGGUGAAAAUCCCUUUUCACGUCCUAGUUUAAAAUCACGAAUGCUUCGUAUGCAUCAACAUUUAAUGGAGCUCAUUGAUAGUAAUAUCACAAUUACACCAUUAUUUAAAGAUGUUGACACUGAAACUGUACAAACUACAGAGAAUGAUGAAGGUAGAGAACAAACAAAUCAACUGGAUUCUGUGAAAAAACAAACACAAUUAAAUAUACUAACUCAUUCUAGUUUAUCUAAUUUAGAAGCUUCACAUAAUAAUGCACGACGUUUUCGUAGACGCCUCGGUCUGCGUCAUGAUCCUAUUGCUAUCAAUUUAGCAGCUACAACAAUGGGAGGUCAUACAUCUAAGCUUCAACGCCAAGCUUCAUCACCGGCCCGUGUUUGCCUUACUUCAAGAUUUUCAACAAGAAUUCCGAUUCAGUCUAAUCCCACUGAGAGUAGUGGUCUUUUAGAUUCAACUACUUCGGUAGCUUUUGGUUCAAUCAUUUGUAGUUUGUUAAAACGGAAAGAUGGAACAUAUGUUUCUGUGAAACCACGCGCACCUACAGUCUUUAGUUCAAAAUCAUCACUCAAUGAAGCGUUGUUGCUUUCUGAGAAUUUUUGUAGUGGUUUCAAACGUGUACGUAUUGCUUCGAUUAGUAUAGAAACACCGGUUUCAUCUGCAAAUACAGAGUUCAACAAUACAGCAUCAAAAACACAAACUAAUCCAAAUGUGUUGUUAAAGUCAACUAAACGACAUUCAAGAAGUUUCAUAAGUAUGUUUUCACAACUUGAUAUACCACCGAGUGUGUCUUAUACACCUUUUAUUACUACUACCACUGCUUCCGGUGCUACUAUUAAUCGUAGUAAUAGUAGUAGUGUCAAUGCUAAUAUUACCACUCCUACUGUAUCUGGCACUUCAAUUUAUUCUCAGAGUAUACCGGAAAUUUUCGAUUUUGACUCUUUGAUCAAUUCAGAUUCGCUGAAUAUAGGUACAGACUAUUUAAAUUUAUGUGAUACAACAUCUUUUGAAACAACUACUGAAAGUAAUAUUACGACAGAUUUUACCGAUGAUGAUAGUUAUAAUGAUGGUGAUCGUAAAUUUAGUAAAACUGAUCAUUCGCUUACAAAUGCUACUAAUAUGGAAUUGUCGAGAAUUGAUAAAUUAUUUUUUCCUAAUGAAAUUAUCCAUGAAACAUAUAAUAGUGGGCAAUUGGUUGUUUUGUUGCGUACAGAAGAUGAUGAUUCACGAUCAUCUGAAUCAACCAUUGAACGUCUUAUCCUCAUAAGAAAACAUAUGUUAACUUUAGCUAAUCAAUUAUUAGAGAGAUUACAAAUUGAUACAUAUUUAUCUUCAACUAAUUAUACAUCAUUAUCAACAACAUCGUCAUUGUCAGGGAUUAUUGAUAAAAUUGGACCAAUUAAUGCAUUGAAUAGAAUUAAACUAAUAGUUAUGCAAAUAUGGGAUAUAUUUAAAAUGGAUAAAGUUUAUUCAUUCAGUGUAACAUUGAAUAAAUUAUUUAUUGUUUUUAAAAAAUUAUCUGAUCUAUUAAAUGAAGGUGAACAAACAAUUACAGCUUAUGAAUUAACUACAAGUGGUUUAAUACAAGUUUUAUUAUUAUGCUUGUCUGUUGCAUAUGCUGGUCAUUGGCAUUGUCAUAUAUUUUCUAUGGAAUUGGACAAUACAACAGCUUUAUUGUGGUAUCUUCAAGAGAGGAGACGAGUAUUUGUACUAAAUAUGCUAUCAUAUUCCAAGUCCAAAAGUAUAUCACUUCUUGUUAGACGUUUAGUACAAGCUUUUGAGUUAACAGAGCAUCUUCCAUUACGAUUAUUUUCUGCAGCUCAUCUGUUACGAUCAUCAUCUACAAAUGCUUCGUCAGUUCAUCAUGACACAUCGAAUCACAAACUGGACAGGAAUAAUACGAAUAAUAAUAUGAAUGAUAGUAAUAAAACACUUAAGAACACAAAUACAAAUUAUAUUCCGCCCACUAAUUUAAUAAAUAGGAUUGGUUAUUCUGCAUCUUUACCAAUUAAUUUUAUUAAUUCCUCAUUCAGUCGUUGUCAUUCAGGCAUUUAUACAGAUCAUGGUGAUCCAGUUUCUAUCAAUUUUAAACAACCAUUUCAAGAUAGUAUGGAUGCUAAAGAAUUAGCUGCUCUGCUACGUUUUUGUCCUAUUCUCUUGGAUUAUCCAGAAUUUGAUUCAUGUUUUACGCCUAGUCUGCAUCAAAUUGCUAAACGCCUACCUUUAUAUUUGGAUAAAUUGUCAAACCUACCAUCAGUUGUCGAGUUGAAGAGUAAUAAUAACGAUAAUAAUACUACAGAGAAUAAACUACAUCAUAAUAAAUCAAAACGAUUAUAUAAUUGGCGUGGUAAAUUGCUUUUUGUAAGCCCUUUAGCGACUGUUGGUCAAUUAGAACGUUUCCUUAGUCGUAUGUCAACAAAACAAUGGUAUGAAUGUUCUCGCCUUGAUCUUAAUUUAUGGAGUCAAAUUCAUUUAGCCAAUAGUUUUAAUUCUACCUCCGGUUUGUACUUUCCUGCACCUCCACCUGGAAAUAGUUCAGCUGAUUAUCUUGGUGGUAUAAUCGACUGGCUUGCAACUAAUGGUAAUCGUCGUCCUUUAGAAGAUUGGAUUAAUCCAGCCAUUGUUGGAUUGAUUAGUAUAGCUGCAUCAACAAGUAGUCCUGUUAAAGGUAGAGCAGUUUCAAUAUUAGGACCUCAAGCGGGAGCUCUAGUUGGUGGUUAUACAAUCAGAGGUAGUGGAAUAGGAGUGGUAGUUAAACCGAAACGUAUGAAUUGUCCAAAUGGAUCUAAUCAAAAUGAAAGUCGAGGCAAAAAAUCGAUGUCAGAUCAAAAAUCAAGUCAUACUUCAUUUUCUACUGUUAAUAUAAAUGAGAAUGAAACGCAUGCUUGGAUAGCAGUUGAUUUAGGUUUACAAUUAAUACCGACUGCAUAUACUUUAGCUUAUUUAAGGCGAGCGGAUGCUUCAGAACAUUCACUAGCACCUAGGAAUUGGAAAUUAGAGGCUUCCAACGACGCUGUGACUUGGAUUGUUUUACGUGAACAUAACAAUGAUUCAAGUAUUCAAUCAGUUUCAGGUAGUCGUGCCACAUGGAGUAUAAAUUCAUAUCAUAAUAAUUAUAAUGGUAAUAAAGCUGAAACAAUUUCUUCAACCCUGAACACAGCAUGUACUAAAGAAUCUAUAAGAGGUUGGCGCUUUUUUAAAAUUCAAACAACUGGAACAAAUGCAAAUUGCGGCAAACAAUUAGCUCUUGGCGGUUUAGAAUUUUAUGGUAACGUUUAUUCUGUACAUGAUUCGGUAUUGACUCCUAGUGCUUUAGCACAGAAGAUCUAUUCAAUUUCAUCUGAAAGAAAAGAUGCUUCUCCUCCUCCUCCUCAAAUGAUAGCAAAAUCAAUGUCAUCAUCAUCAUGGUUAACAGUAAAUGUGAAACUGUCUACAAAUAAUCGAAGCAGUCAGGUUGAUCAAAAUGAAAUGAAUAAUGAUGCUAAUGAUAUUAACAAUUGUACGGUUAUAAAAAGUGAUACUGAAGAAAUAACUGAAGAAAACUCUUCAUCAAAAUCAUCUAAUUUAAAUAUUACGCUUAAACAAAUAGACAAUCAUAGGAGAGAUCCAAAGUCGUCCAAUGAUGAAAUAAUUCGUCAUCAUAUUACUUCAAUAAUAUCAUCGUCAUCAUCAUCUCAACAGAAGAAUCCCAUAGAUGAUAAUUAUGAAGAAGAGGAAGAACAAGUAGAAGCAGAAGAAAAAGAACAUGAUAAUCAUGUAGAUGUUGAUGAUAAUGAUGAUGACGAUGAUGACAAUGACGAUGAUGAUGAUGAUGAUGGUAUUGGUAAAAAUAUUACUAAAAGCCUUAAUCAUGAAUCAAGUGAUACUUUAAUGAAUAUCUUAUUCGAUGAGGAAGCUGGUUCUGAUGACAAUAUGAUGACAAGUGCAAGUAAAUCGGAUGUGGAUAUGAUUUUAGAAUUAUCUGCUAAAAAAUUGGAUAAUUUAAAUAUUUUAUCCAGUGGAACAAUUGAUGACAAAUUAUUACACUGUUUCGGUAAUCUCCUUGCCAGCGAUAAAUCAUCACCAGAAUUAUAUCAACUUCUACGUCGUAUUGCGCCACAAGAUUUGGAUUAUGAUCUAUUGAAUAAAUGUACAUCACGUAGCAUGGAUAGUAUACAUUCUGGAGAAGAAGUACAUCAUUCAAAAGAAACGAUGAAUAAUUAUCAAUCAGAGGAUACAAAAAGAAUUGAUUCUAUUAUUCUGGAUACUGGAGAAAUAGAUAUUACAGAGCCUCAUAUUUCUUAUAUUGACCAGAGUAAUCCAGAAGCAUCUGGUGAAUCUGAUGUACCUGGUUUAGACUAUCUACUUAAUUCUAUUGAACCAGAAGCUAUAGAGUUUGCAGACACUGUAGAAGCUAUAAUUCGUAGUAAUACUGUUCAAAAUAGACGAAACAAUAUUGGUGAUGAUAAUGAAAAUCCGAUUGACUUGACUAUUAACAAAAUAUCACAAACUUCAUCUCAUUCAUGGAAACAUUUUCAAUCGAUCCAAAAUGCUAAUCAUAAAAACAAUAAUCGCAUAUCAGUUGAUCAACUAAUACACAAUGAGGAAGAGAAGUCAGAAAAGAUUUGUGAGCCAAUUGGACUACUUACUCAGUCAUCUGAAUCAUAUAGUAAUUUACCAGUGAUUAAAACUGUGAAUACUGAACCUUGUAAUAACACUAAUAAACUAUCCAAAAAUUCUGAUGAUCAUAAUCAACAGUUAAAUGAGACCUAUCAAUAUUCUGAACAAUUAAAUGAAACUACUUCAUUUAACGCUAACUUAUCAUCAGACAGUUCAGGAUUUCAAGUUCUACCAUCAUCAUGGAAACCAAUACAUCAACAGUUUCGUCGCCGUAUUCGUAGAAAUCGACCACGCCAAAUGGUUUCUUCUGAAUCUAAAGAUACACCUGCCAGUCACUCUAACUCACCUCAUUCUGGUACUCCUCCUGUUCCUCUAUCGUGGAAUGAAGCAACUGAUGCACUUCGUUUGCCAUUGGGUUUAAUUCCUACUUUUAUUCCGAAUCCUGGUUCAACCAAUGCCCCAGGGACUACAGCGUAUGUGCUUUGUCGACCUCCUUCUAGUGAUCAUGAAUGUUCAGCAAAUGACGAAGAUUCUUAUUCACGUUUAUCGUUGUUUCUUGGAAUUUAUAUGAAUUCUGAAUAUCUAAUACAAAUACCAUUACGUGAUAAGAAUGCUACUUUAUUCAAAUAUAUUCAAGAAUUGUCAGAGAAAUUUGAACUACUCGAAAAUUCUAAUGAAUAUCGUUUGUCCAAAUCAAUUGAUGGAAAUGAUAAAACAAAAAAUAAUUAUUUAAUUAAAUUGGGCUAUCGAUUUUGGGAUGCAAAUGAUGAUUGUGUCAAAUCAUCUACAUUAACAACUAUUUCCACACCUUGUAUUGCUGGUGAUAAUAAUAAUAAUAAUAAUAAUCAUGAUGUGAAUGGAUCAACCAUUCGAACAGUCUAUGGGAAAGCAUUAUUAAAUAAGCAUGAUUUAAGAUUUACACCAUCUUUGGAUAGACCAAUAAUUUAUACAUCAUCAGGUAUUAAAAUACCUAUAAUUAGUGAUAAUAACAUUGAUGACAGUAAUAAUAAUGAUGUUGAUGACGUUUUUGUGAAUAAUUUAACUAACAAAUCAGAAUAUUCAAUAAUGAAUAAUUACGAUGUCCAUAAAUCUUAUCCACCAAGUGAUCCCGAAGAUAUUUUACAACUUAUCAAAUUAUUAUAUCAGUUAUCUGGUUUAGAAGAAUUCAGUUUGGAGAAUAAUAAUAAUGACAAUAAUGAUAAUUCAUUGGUUGAUAAAAGCGAAUCGAUUGAAAUGAAAAUGGUGGAUUUCACAUCUACACGAUUAACUAAUAAGCUAUUAUGUCAAAUACAUGAUCCUUUAGCGUUAGCUUCUGGUGCUUUACCUAAUUGGUGUUUAAGUUUAAGUCAACGAUUUAAUAUUCUCUUCUCAUUCAAUGUACGUUCCCAGUUGUUUUCAGCUUGUGCAUUUGGUCCAGCCAGAGCUGCUAUUUGGCUUCAGAAUCGUCCAUUGCAAAAACGUACAUAUUUAUCGCAUUCGGAUGGAUAUAGUCGUGCUGGGAGUGCAGGCAGUGCAAGUGGUCGUUCAUCUUAUAGAAUUCUCCUACCAUCCGUUAACGCUUCCUUGAUUUCUGCCCUCUUAAACAAUACCAAUGCUAGUAAUAAUAAUAAUAAUACUAUUACAACCACGACUGCUACUAAUAACAUCACUAGUAAUGCACUGGACGAUGGAAAUAGAUCAAUAAAUUCUGAUGAAGAUAUUGUAUUACUACGUCCGUCAAUAUUGAAUCAUUUGCUUAAUAUAACUGGUGUUAGUGGAACAGCUAAUAACAAUACUAGUAGCCUACAAAAUAUCGACAUUGGUAAUGAUUUGGACAUUAAUUCUGACAAUAUUUCAUCAGUUGAAUCCAUUCUGACAACUUUAGGAAUUCCUUUACUAACAUCCACUACUACUUCUACUGCUGCAUCACUAAACUGUGAUACUAAUUUUCUAUCUGAUAGUACUGGAGCCAGUAAUAAUAACAAUGAUUUAAUCAAUUGUUUAUUAGUUCAUGGUAAUCAGAAUAAUCAACAUUUGACUACAUCGAUGGGAGGUAUAGCUACUACGCCAAAUGGUGGUGGUGGUAGUAGUGGUUUUGGCAUCGGACUCAUUUCAGACGAUAGGUCGACUUCACAGAUUGGUCGGUUACAUAAAGAAUUUGUACGUAUUCCACGUUUACCACAUGAAUUAUUAACUCAGUUGACAAGUAAAUAUAUGAAAUCAUCUCCCAAUUACUAUCACUAUCAUCAAUCAGAGAAUUUGACAUUUUGGCAUUGGGCGUCAAGACUUAUGGAAGAGCAUGCAUCCCGCAAAUCUGAACUGGAAAUACAAUUCAUUGGUGAGGAAGGCACAGGUCUAGGUCCGACGUUAGAAUUUUAUUCACUUUUGGCCGCUGAACUUCGUCGACGUGAUGGUUUAAUGUGGGUUACAAAUGAUUUUACAAUGACUACUGAGCAGUCAAGUCAUAGUCAUUCAGUUCUACCCACUGUUUCUAGCUCAGCAACCAUAGAGCAACAUGUUAUUUCGAAUUCUGGGCAACCUGACUCUAUGGAUAACGAAAUAGAUGACAUUGAUGAAGCAAAUGUAUAUGUGAACACACCUUAUGGAUUGUUUCCUGCUCCAUGGCCGGGAGAUCAAGUUCCAGAAUCAGUUCUUUAUCGCUUCUUCAUUUUAGGAAUAACGGUAGCAAAAUGCCUUCAGGAUAAUCGCCGUAUUGAUUUGCCUUUAUCAUCACCAUUAUUGAAACUUCUUUCUACCUACGGUAGUGUUGUCAACACUCACAAUUGUAAUGAUCAUGAAUUGGAAAAAUGUUAUUCUGCAACUAGUUCAUUGGACAAUUCUAAAACAAUCAAUAAUGUAGAUUUCUCUGUUCUUUCUGAUGUUGAAAGUGCUUUUCAAAAUGUUUUAUAUGGUUAUUCUUAUUUGAAAAAUCAAUUAACUUCUAUUACUACUGGUAAUACUACUGAUCGGUUCAUUAAAAAUCAAUUCAAUCCAAAUGACGAUGAAGAGUUUAAUUUGGCCUCAUUUCUUAUCAGUCCACAAUAUAAACGACUGUAUCAAUGCUGUGGAUCUAUUAGUCAGAAUAAUAAUAAUAAUAACUUACAAUCCUCAACACAUUGGAUUUCAGGUCUGUUAAAUUUAAAUGAUUUUUGUAUUAUUUAUCCGGAACGUGCACAGUUUUUAAAACAAAUAACAGAAUUUCAUCGUCGUAAAUCUACGUUGUCAAAUGGAAAUACAAAUGAAAAGUGUAUUAAUGGUUUAGCUGUUGAAAUAUUCGGUUGUGGUCUUACUGAUCUUUGUUUAUCUAUGGAAUUUCUUCCAUCUUCUAAGCUUUUUGGAUUUCCAUCUUAUCCAUUGAAAGAUGUUUAUGGUUGGGAAGCAACAAUAACAACAACACCAAGAACUACUAAUAAUUCUACAGAAGUAUCAUUGCAUAAAAAUGUGACAGAGAAUUCACAAUCUAUUGUUGCGCCUGUUACAGUUCAUAAUAUUGAAAAAUAUUUAGAAUUAACGUUAGCUUUUUGUUUGGAUAAAGGUAUUCGUAAACAAUUGGAUGCAUUCAAAGACGGUUUCGAGCGUGUAUUACCACUUGGUUGGUUAGCAUUAUUUACAGCUACAGAAUUAGGUGAAUUAAUUGCUGGUGAUUCAGUAGUUCAUUGGACACGUGAAGAUCUUCUUGCAUAUACAGUACCAAGUUUAGGUUUUACUAAACAAUCACCAACAUAUCAAAUGUUAAUUAAUGUAUUAUGUAAUUUUAAUUCAACUGAACGUCGUGCUUUCUUACAAUUUACUACGGGUUGUUCUAGUCUACCACCAGGUGGUUUAAAAAAUCUACAUCCACGUUUACGUAUUGUACGUAAAGAAAUAACAAAUAGUGGACCAUAUCCUAGUGUGAAUACAUGUGUACAUUAUUUAAAAUUACCAGAAUAUCAGUCAGAGAAAGAAUUACGUACACGUUUAUUACAAGCAACUAAAGAAAUUGGUUUUUAUUUAAAUUAAAUAUCUUUAUUUAUUCUUUUUUUUAACUUUUUUUUCUUUCUUUAUUUUUUUGAAGAAAACUAAAUAAACCAACAAAUUUAUAUUUAAUCAUUCAACAUUGUCUUGUUUUCAUGUUUAUAUUCCACUUGUUACCUUUACAUAAAAGUAAAGAAUUACCAAUAAUGAACAGUUGAUGGUGACGGUGACAACAACCAGUAUAGUUUUCCUUUGAUAACUUUUAUUUUUCUUUCUUCCACAAGAUAUAUUUAGAUAAAUAACCAAAGAAGUUGAUUUUCGAAAGCAAUGUAUCACACUAUAAUCAUAGUAAUAAUUAUGAUAUGAAUAUAUAUAGAAUAGUUUGUCAAGGAGAAAAAAUUUGUAAUCUGAAAAAACCGAAAUGAAUAAAUAUGAUGAUGAAGUAGAUCAUUAGCAUGAUGCAUGAUUUCGAUUUCCUUUCACACUACUAUUAUUACUACUACUACUACUACUUCACUUCCCACUUACUGACUUUAAUUUUACUCAUUCAUCCCCCCGUAUCACCAAAUAAUAACUUUGAUUUUAUUUUGUUAGUAUGUUACUAUUUAUGUUUAUGCAGUGGUUUUUUAUUUAUUUAUUUGUUUAUUGGUAAUAUUUUAUUUUGUAAUGUAGACACUCCUUGAAGAAUUGUGUAUUAUUUGAGACAUUCACAUAUAUUACUGUUAUGAAAUAAAUGUGUUUAUUUAAUAAACAGUAUAUAAACAACCACGAGGUGAUAGCCUUUUCACAUUCUUUCUUGGGGGGGGGGUUGUUCGUUAGUAAAUAACAUCUUUUUAUAGAUGAUUUGACUUGAUGUUAUUAGUUUAUUUUGUGGUAAUUGGAAGUGACAAUCGUACCAUCAUAUUAAUACGAUUGGUCUAAUAAUUCCUUUGCUGAUUGUUAUGAUUUUACUAGUGUAGGUGUUUUGUAGAGAUUUUUGUUUGGUACUGCGAUCACGCACGAACAUACCUAAGCUAUAUAGCUAUUCGUUCCACAACAGUGACUGUAAUUAUUAUCUAUCUCAUAACUUGGAUAAUUUAAGUCAGAUAUUUUACUGAAUUAAUGUUAAGGAUCAUGUAUAGGGAUUUCAGACUCUAAUGAAACGCUACUUCACUUGUCUCUGUCCUUUGAUUGGUCCUACAGCAGUUAUCAGUUCAUGAUAAAAAUUAUUUUCAUUCGAACGUUAAAUAAUCAUUGAUUUUUCUUUCGCAAUUUCGUAAUAUCAGCGAAUGAUGUAGUUGAAAAUAACACCCGACCGUUGCUGCUAUUUUAACGUGGUGGUCAGGCAAGUCCACCUAGUGGAGCUGGAAAACCCUGAUUCCAA